CACUCAAACUAACCCUAACCCUGCAUUCCAUUGUUUCCAUCAUGGGAAAUCUAAGUGACGCUCUCAAAUUAACAGGAACAUUGCGCAGAAGAUAUGUCCUGGGCAAUGGACUGAGAAAACGGGCAGAGAUUUGGAGGUAUUUGUGCAUGCUCUAUAUUACAGUUGAAAAGUGUAUAACAGCUUUCCAAUGCUGUUACUUAUGGCGAACACCUUUUUGCUUGAGUUGAUGCGUGCCCGCAGGUGGAAUAAUGUCACAUGUCACACACAUUUUCUGUUGUUUUGAUUUAUUUACUCAUUCAUCAUUUUAUGUGCGCACCUCUCCUAAUCAACCCACCCAUUAAAUAGACAGGCACAAUAGCACCAUCUGCUGGCACAAAAAAUACAUAACAAUAAACUGCAAAACCCCAAUCUGGCUCCUACAAAGUGUAUGUGACAAGAUGAUUAACGUUUGCUUUUGUUAAAUCAGGGCUUCCCCAGCCAGGACUUCGGCUCAGACUGUGGCAUAUUCAUGUUGAUGGUAGGUCAUAACGAGCUGUAAUGCACAAAUAUUGUAUCUAGAAUAACUUUCCAAUAUGGACUUUUUUAAAGUUAUCUCACAUGUUGUCUCAUAAUUUUUUUUUAAAAGUCUGCCAUGUACCUCGUUAUGGAGUCACAGUUUGACUACUCAGUUGUAAGUACUUUUCAACACGCAGUGUCAUCCUCAAGAUUGUAUUUUGUAUUGUGCACUAAAAUGAAAUACAAACAACAAUUUCAGCAUGACAUGCCUGUUUGGCGGCGAUGGUGGUGCCUGUUGCUCCUGGAGAACAAUUCUUUGAACAGGUAGACAGUUUAAGUAAACUAGAUGUCCUAAUUAACUGGAAGACAAUCAAUAUAUUGUACUUAAAGAUAUAUUGUCAUUACAGUUGUGGGAAAAUCUUCGCCCACUGGAGCAAAGAAUGUAAAGAGCUCAUUGCUGGAAAGCAUACUCCGGUCUUCAGUCUAAAGAGGAAGGCAGAGCAGCAGGACAUAGAGGUUAGAAAAUUGCCUUGUAAAAACAGUAUUAUCUCAGUGGGAGUCCUUCAAAAUGCACACAGUUGUAUGGAUCAACAUUGUCUCGAUGUAUUUGGUAAUUGAUGUUACUUUUCAAAUUGCCUUGUCAAGGAAACCAUGACGCAGACGGCAUCGGAUGUCCAAAGAAUGUGCAUGGCAGAUUCAAUGCAAUUCUGUGUCUACCAGACAUCGAACAACACAGGAGAGAGGUGUGUUGCAGACUCAAUUUAAUAAAUGCAAUUAUCGGGGCCUAUUCAGUGAUUUUCCAUGAAGUGACCACUUUUACAUAUAGUUUAAAUGCACGAAUCAUGCAGGAAAAUUAUUUAUACAUUCAAAUGUGCUGCAGAGGUAUAAUCAAUUGGACAGCGUGUUUGUUUAAUAUUAUGUUUGUCUCUCAUUUGAUCAGAUUGCUUUACCCUGAGGUAAACGUCAUAAAAUGGGUCCAGUGCAAGACGUGCAGGGGCUGGCUGCAUCAGGAUUGUGCUGGGAUUGAAAUGGAGCCGUUUGACUGCGGGUGCGAGGACUCCAUUGAGCAUCCUCGGUAUAACAUAAUUUAUCAAGGAAACAUAGUAUCAGUCAAAAAUACGAGGCUCAAAGGAUGAAAAAAUGAGGGCUUGCUCUUUUCUUAUUUCUCUGCAGGAUCAAGGAUGCUGUUGACAGUUGAGGAAUUCAUGCUGUCUUUUCUAAGACACAGAUCAAGGUUGCUUUUGAAUGCACUAUCAGUUGUUAAAGCCACCGUUUCUUUUUCAGAUGAUUACAUUUUUGUCUCUUGCUCUUUGGUUUCAGACAUUACACGAUGAUCUACUGUCUGGAAAGAUCCGCUCCAACAGAAUGUUCCUUUGGAGGAAUCCCGCCACCUCACUCCGACUAAAGCAGCAUCUUAAGAUAAGGACACUAAGUUGGAGUGAGCAGCGCGUAAGUAAAAAUGCCAUCCAUCAUGAGUAUUUUUACUCUCAGGGGUGUUACAUUUGAAAGGUGUUUACUUUCUGUGUUUUUCUUCGAUAGAUGUUCGAGCUCCUGCGGUUCAUUGAGGUGGCAACAAACAUUUCUAAAAAAAUAAAGAGAGGCGAGAUUCAUCUGCUUGAUUUCGUUUUUGACGUCAUGCUCCCAGAGGUGAGUAGAUCAAACUAUAUAGCUUGCUUUGAAAAAUGAUGAUAUUGUUAAGAGGUUGUUCUUAUUCAUUUGGAAAGCUCAAGAACAACAAUUAACCCAUACUGCAUAACUUCAAUUGUUC